GUUCUCGUCAGAAUGCGAUACUGUGUGAUGAUGUCAGGUUUCUAGGCUUUGAUUGCACAUGUUGAUCUGCUGCAAGCCCAGUCUCCAUGACAACAGAAAUAACUACAUGUGACCUUGCCAUUCUGAUAUAAACUUGUUAAGAGGAAUAAUUAUAUAGGAUAUCCGAGGUAGUCACAUUAUAUUACACAAUACUGAAUAUGAAUGAAGUACGUUAUGGAAUAUAUGGACUUGAAGAGGAACUGUUACCAAAAAUAACUGAUAACUCUAAAAUGUCUGAGGAAGGGGCUGAUCAGAGUUCUGAUAUGUCUAUGGAAGAGGCUGGUCAGAGUUAUAAUAUGUGUGAGGAAGGGACUGGUCAGAGUUCUGAUGUAAAAGUCCAAGUAAUAUCAGACACGGGUGAAGUACAUAAAUAUGUGUAUAAAUUUAGAGGUGCAAAAGCUUAUAAAUGUGGUGUCUGUAACAAAGCAUUUAAUGAUCAAGAUUCUGUUGAAAGACAUAUCAGCAGCCAUACCAUUAAAAUUGUCAACCCAUUCUUAUGCACAGAAUGUGGAGCAGAGUUUGAGGACAAGUUGUUGCUGGAACAACAUAAACUUCAUGCAGAAUUUAAACAUUACAAAUGUAAACAGAGUAAACGGUGUAGAAGAUCUUUUCAUACAAAACAUGGAUUAGUGAUACACGAGAGAACUCAUCGGGAUAAACCUUUUUACUGUAGUAUUUGUGAUACCAGUUACUAUAGUAACAUCCUGCUAAAAAAUCACAUAGCUAAUGCACAUAAUGAAACACUUUAUAAAUGUGGACUAUGCAAAAAAGUUUUUACACAGCAUGGGUUACUACGUAAACACAUGAAAGGACAUGCCAACGAUGAACAUGGUAAAGAAUCUGGUAAAGUGUACAAGUGUGACGCAUGUCAAAAGGAAUACAGUGAAACAAGUAAUUUACAGGCGCUCUCUAUGGAUAUUGAUAACAAGGAUCUUAAAAUAUAUUUUUGUACCGAUUGUAUGUCAAAGGGAAUUAAUGUUCACCAAAUGAGCAACAGCAAGUAUGCAUGGAAAUAACUAGCCCUUUGGUCGUAUUUCUGUCGUUGAGUUAUCAUUAAUGUCCCCCAUGCCUUAAGUUAUAUAACCACAGGCACUUGGGUAUAUUCCUUAAGGAUGUUCUCUUGUCAUGAUUUGGAAUUUUUGUCAGAUUUUCGAAAUCCUCUGGUUUUAUAUCCAUUCGAAAUGCCUUGAAAAUUUUUGACCAUUGACCUUCACUUUUCUUUUAAUAAAUCUUUUGCAUGUAUAAUUAUAAAGACAUUUGUAAAAGUCUUAUAAAAUCUUAUUUAUUGUUUAUAGGUUUUGAGAACUUUAGCCGUCUUCAAUGAUGAAUCUAUGAAAUAUCAAGAGAGAACAUUUUCCCGCCAAAAUUUCAAUGGCUUUCAAAUUAUCUCGAAAACAAGCACUUUGACCUCUAUAUUUUUUUUGCUUUUUUGCUUCCUUAAUUAGCCCCUAACAAUAAAUAUAAUAAAAUAAUUGUUAUUCUCCAAUUGCUUAAUUACCACCAGUUUUGCAGCAGUAGAGUCUCUUCAGUUGAUUUAUUUCUUCAGUUUUUCCUCAACUCUAUAAAAAAGACUUUCUGAUAUUAGGUAAUAUCAAAACUUGAUUGUAUAGAUGAAUAAUAUAAUUUCGAUUAAUCAGUUUUUAGAGGCUGAGAGAAUCGCCCCAGACUAGCUAAUGAUUAGUGUUUUACCUAAAUUGAUAAUUGAACUUCUUAAAUAUUUUUGUAUUGUAUUGUCAUGAUUGUAUUGCAUUGUAUUUAAUAAAUAAUUAAUGCAAGCUAUACUUUAUUGUAGUUUUAAGAGGGUGGUAAAGGGGGGCCCUGAACACGGAAACACGUGAAAUAAAAAUCGCAAAAACGUUGCACGGAAAAUAAAAAUCGGAAAAAACGAAGCACGAGAAAUGAAAUCGUAAAUAUUAACGGGAAAAGUAAAAUCAUUUAUUAAUCAUGCAGCCGUUCUUUGAUACCAUCUUGUCAUUAUAAAAUGGACAUGAUGACCCUACAGUCACCUUUUAGCGUCCGCUAGUUGCAACUGAUUUGAAAGAAAAAUAUUAUUCAUAAUAUUAAAUUUGAUACACAUUUAAAUAUUCUGGGAAUACAUAAUAAAUUUAAAACAAUCUCCGGACUGACUUUGAAUUAUAGUCCAGGUUAACUUUUUAAUCAAAUGCGCGCCAAGCACGAGAAAUUAACAGUUCCGACACGAAACACGGAAAACAAAUAAAGGGGAACACGAGGCACGCAAGUCGAACCAAACACGAGAAAACGAGAAAUAAAACCUCAAAACACGAAAACACGUGAAAUAAAAAGACCGAAAACGUUGCACGAAAAUAACCCUUUACCACCCCCUUUUAACAUGGGUAGGCAUUAUAUUUGUGAUUAUUUUUGCCCGAACGAUAGUAGAAAAACACGAAUAUAAUGUCUACCCAUGUUAGAACUACAAUAAAAUAUAGCUUGCAUUAAUUAUUUUGAUUCUGAUAAGAACAAUUAAAGUAAUGUCUAUGUCCGAUCUAUAUAACGGCUGGCACUGUGAUUUUUUAGAGGGAGGAGUCAAGUUGAACAGCCAGCAUGACCGGUUGUUGUAUCUAGGUCAAAUAUGUCAAUUUCGAACUGCAACACAUUACCGUUAUAAUAAAUUAAUUGGUAACAUCAUGAGCAUCAUUUAAAAGUUUGGAAGUGUUUUAAUUAAUGAAAUAUAUUAAAUGCAUGCCAAUUUGAUAAAAUUCAUUUUUCUGUAGCAGUCAAUAUACGCCUGUGCAAGCAAAUUUUAUUGCAUUUAGAGCAUGUGUUUAUGCACAAAGUGAAAAAUAGCACGUCAUUUCAGAAUGACGUAUUUAAUAAAAUCAUUGUUUGUUUGUAUUGCUUGACCCUCAUGGGUGUAUUUAUGUAGUAAAGAUGUAUUAAAAACAAUCAAAGAACUUGUUGUAAAAAAUCUCUCCCAAUAUGUCUACUGUAGUGUUAUUUGUGUUUUAUAUAUAACCUACCAGAGACAUACAUGUGUCAUGUUUGUAUAUUACAUAUGGCAUUAGGCCAUAAAAAUAAUAUAUAGAAAAGGGAAGAUGUGGUAUGAGUACCAAUGAGACAACUCUCCAUCCAAAUCAUGAAAUUUUGAAGAUAAUAAGGACGUAGUAUAUAAUUGUGAAUUUUCACAAGAAAUGUUAAUCAUGCAGUUGACUUUUCCAGGAGUUACAAGAUCACUGUUUUGUAGGUCACAUUAACAUUCAAAAGAAAUGUAGAAAUGUCAAUGACCUCUCGACUAAACUGCCUUAUUAUA